UAUGUCACACGAUUGUUUGUCAAUUUGUCAUUCACUUGUCACAAUUAAUACGUAAUUUUUGAGAAAAUCAUUGUUGUGAAUAAUUUUAUGUUAUUAAAAGUGAAAUUAGAAAAAUGGUUGAUCCAAUAUUUGAUUAUCAAUUCAGGCUGAUUCUUAUUGGGGACAGUACAGUGGGCAAAAGUUCUUUACUAAAGUACUUUACAGACGGUAAAUUCGCUGAGCUGUCGGAUCCCACGGUUGGUGUGGACUUCUUCGCCAGGAUAAUAGAAGUACAGGAUGGCACAAGAAUCAAAUUACAGCUCUGGGAUACUGCAGGCCAAGAGCGAUUUAGAUCCAUAACAAAAUCUUAUUAUAGAAAUUCCGUUGGUGCUUUGUUAGUGUACGAUGUGUGUAAUAGAUCGAGUUUUGAGCACAUUCCUCUUUGGAUGAUGGAGGCAAAGCGGCAUAUAGAGCCUCACAGGCCUGUGUUUGCUUUAGUGGGGUGCAAAGUGGACUUAGUUGGGGAAAAUAAAAACAGGAGAGAAGUGACUUGUGAAGAGGCUAGAAUGUUUGCUGAAGAAAAUGGACUUCACCACAUUGAAACAUCAGCGAAAACCGGGAGGAAUGUAGAAGAGGCCUUCGUGCUCGUAGCUCAAGAAGUGUACAACCGCAUCCAAACAGGCGAAUACAAGGUUGAGGAUGGUUGGGACGGGAUCAAGACGGGUUUCAACCGCCCCAACGGUAUGGAUUUCAAUUUACUUGAAGCAGAAACAGUCCAGUCCACUUGCUGUUAGAGUUAUAAAUUGUAAUAGCUAUCGCAGACUAAGGUUAAUGUCACAUUAUGGUUAAUUUGUGCUGCCGAGUAUGGGUUUUUACAGUCUUUAGUACAUCUUUAACCCCAAAUUAGUUGGUGUUAGUGAUGUAUAAGUUUUCCUAAGCCUAUAAAGAUGUCUUAGGGUGGGUUGAGUACUGUUUAUAUGGCCAUCAUCAGCUUCUGUCAUCCCAGCUUCCUUAGGACGCAAAGAUGGUGAAUGUUGAUGCAGUGUAAGUUAUGAAAUGAUAAUGUUACUUGUAACUAUUUUGCAUAAAACUUACUUCUGUGGUGCAGUGGUAAUGUGCUUGUCUGUAACUACAGAGGUCUGGGUUCACCAAAACAUGAUGAAGAACUAACUUUUUCUGAUUGGCCGUGGUCUUGGAUGUUUAUCUAUAUAAAUAAAUGUAGUAUUUUGUAACACAAGUUUGGAGGCAAUCCGUGUAAUUUGUCGCGUAUAUAUAUUUUUUUUAAACUCAUAUUGAGGACCAAACUUUGAACUGCAUAGUCUUAUUAUUUCAUUUACUGUCCACAAUUGAACUCGGGACUGCUGUGAAGCAAUUGGGAAUAUUAACUACUGCACCAUGCACCCCGUAGCGAGACACGCGCGACUCCGUUUUUAUUGCGUUAAAAACUAGCCCUGUCUCGCUUUUUAUUAUGACAUGGAACGAGACAGCGAUAGGUUUUCACGCGAUAAAAACAGCGUCGCGCGUGACAUGCUACGCAGGCUGCAGCUUUGUGAAGUAAAAUUGAACUACACGAAUUUAGAAACAUGCAAAAAAGCUAUGAAAGUCAAUUUACAGAGAACAUAUAUACUAUUACUACUAUUAUAUACAUAUAAUCACGUCUAUAUCCCUUACGUGGUGGGCAGAGCCAACAGUCUUGAAAAGAAGGACAAGCCACGUUCCGCUCAGAGGAAACUGUAUAAUAAUCAACUGUGAUUUAACACAACACAACAAACAUACAGUACCUACAUCUGACUCUUAAUCAUCAUGUGAUAAUAGCCUAAUUAUGUAGCAGACAUAAUAUGAAUGAUAUGUACCUCGACAGUUAAAUAUUUAAAUUUAUUAUUUUCACACUCUGAUUCAUGACUUAAAAGUAUUAUGCAAUAGGUUUAUGUGAGACGCUUCGUAUUGAGAAAAGCAGGUCAUUUUUAAAAUUAAUUACUUAUAAUAGUGAUUGUUUAAAUAUUUAUGAUCUUCACAUCACACAAUUAAACUGUUCACUUGUUGAAGACCAGGGCCAUAUUUUACAAACCUUACCAUACGGAUUCGAUCACCUAACCACUCCAAUGAACUGCAUACAUACAUAUGGUCACGUCCAUAUCUCUUGCGGGGCAGACAGAGUCAACAAACUUGAAAAGACUGAAUGGCCACGUUCAGCUAUUUAGGUUAAUGAUAGAAUUGAGAUUCAAAUAGUGACAGGUUGCUAGCCCGUCGCCUAAAAAAGAAUCCCAAGUUAGCCUAUCCUUUAGUCGCCAUUUACGACAUCCAUGGGAGGAGUGGUCCUAUUAUUUUUUGUAUUGGUGCCGGGAACCACACGGCACGGCACGGCAUGAACUGCAUAUUAACAUAUUAUGUCUGCUACUUUUCAACAUGUCUGCAUUUCAUACACUGUAAAUAGCCGACUAUGCAUCUAGUAUAGUUACUAUACGAUGUAACAUUAUUUAAGCAUAAUUGUUAUAAUAACAUAAUAUUUAAGGUGUGGCUGCGCACAUAGACAAUGUGUCUGUAGGGGGUAUGUUACUGUGUCAUGUUUUUUUUUUUUAAUAAUUGAGCAGUUUAAAUUUUAAGAACAGAUAGUUUGCUGUCUGAAAAACGUAAUCUAGACUAUUUGGGGUAAAGUUGCAUAUAUUUCCUGUCUCUAUUCAAGAAAUGUACAUAUAGAUGUAUGUAUCUUCUAGUAAAUAUGUCUUAUAUGUAAUUUUUUAUUUCACACUUCCGAAGAUUAAAGCAACUGUACACGUUUCCUAGGCAUUGUAUAGUAACAUUCCCUAACAGACGCACAGUAAUGUCAAAACUCCAAAAAAUAUUUAUUAUAAUCAGGCCAUAAAAUUAUGUACAUUUUAUGUUUAAAGAGUUGAUUAUUCAUUUCUUGAUUAUUUAUUUAAAUUUCAAGGGAGUCAUUUUAAAGGAAAAGUAGUUUUAUUUCUUUAUUUUGUAAGUAAACAAUGUGACGGUGGAAUAUGAUGUAAAUUUUGCCACUUUUUUUUUGACAAUGGGUGUGUUGUUUUGUAUUCUAAUUUACCAAAUUCGUAAUUUAAAUUUUUUUUUCCGAAAUGGUUAUCCAAUUCACAUUUUUUUUUAAUCAUAAAAUUACUUUUAUUCUGCCAAAGAGAAUGUGAACUCAAUUCACUGAUUUAAUAUAUUUGAAUUUGGAAUACAUAAUGAUAAUAAAUUACUAAUAAAAAUACUAACAUAUUGUUAAGUCAAAAUGUAGUACCUGUGACACUGUGCAUAAUAAUAUGCACGGUAAUUUAAAUUAAGUAAAUACUAAAAAAUAUAAAUUUUCUGUUUUAUAUCUCAUCUGGGCAUGCUCAAGGCAAAUAUUAUUAUUAUGGAUUUAUUUCUUGUAGGUAUUAAAACUAUAUAAAAACACGGAAAAAUUCUCAAUAUAAAAAUGUCUUUGCUUCAUUCGUAUUUUUUAUACAACCAUGAAAACAAACACUUUGGUCGCCUGAUUUCAAGCAGUAAGUAGUUGUAACUCUCAGCCCUUUGCACAGCAAUGACGCUGCCGAAAAACAUAAUUACUUGGACGAAAUUAAAUCGGCAAAUAAUGACUUUGGCCAUGAUGCGUGUAAGUAGAAGCUUAAUUGUUUAUUAAUCAACCUAAUUAUCAUUUGACCUUUGCCUCGGACAUAAUCGCGUCGCCGAUUUAAAUCAAAGUCUUCUUGUGAUGUUUCUAUCGAGCUAGAUGUUUUAAAAGUCGACCUACUACACUUUAUUUGCCCACUUUAGAUCUUUUUCUAACAAUUUCUGAUUGCAUUUUCACCUGGUGAAUUAGAAACUCUUUGCUAACCUUUGUGGCAUAGUUCCGUGCAGGCCUUAACUUUGCAUGUAGUUGACUGACCAACUAUAUUGAAAGUUUUUUAAUACUUUCGUUGUUUGCAACAUGCAUAGGAAAAUGUAGAAUAAUCCCCUUCUAUUUUACCCUGCUCUAAAAAGAGUGCUUCACACCUGCCUACUUGGGCGAAGUCGGGGUAAGAUCGCUAGUUAUUUAAAAUCCGGCUCUCACAUAAAAAUAAAAUUUGGCAACUUAGGUUAUGUCUUAUACGUAACCUUACAUAACACAAAAUGGUUUUCACAAUAGACAAUUAUGAAUUUCCGUAAUCUUCAGCGGUUUCUUGUAUUAUUUGGUGCGUGAGGCCCUGACUGAAUCAUUGUUUAAAUGAUUAUUUUUCCUGCGUUAGAUAUGUGAAAUUUAUUUGGCAAAAAGGGACGGAAGUGUGUAAAGAGACUAAUUUAUUCAGAACUUUUUGUCUGACACGGAAUUAUUUAGUAGGUAUAGAGGAAAAGUAAAAAUUGUAAAGAAUAUUUACUUAUAUGGUUAUUACCCAGGUUAUGGCGCGUGAUUUGGUGCUUUUUCAGACAACAGUAGUGUGUAUGCAAACGCCAUUGUUUAUUUACGAUUUAAGAGGUAUCAGACCAAUUUGUUUGGUGGUUGUAUAAAAAUUACGACCCAUAGAACUAAACUACUACUCUGUCAAGAAAGUAGCGGGAAAAGAUCAAUAAUACACAAACUGUUUGUUAUUCAUCCAAAUUUAUUUUAUCACCUUCAAAAUAUUCUCCUUUAGAAACGAUACACUUACGCCAACGAAUAAUCCAAUCAUCAAAACAUUUUUUAAACGCUGUUUCCGGAAUUGAGGUCAGUUCUCGCCGCGAAUUCUCUUUUAUGUCUUCUACCGAUUGAAACCGGGUGCCACGAAGUGGUAAUUUGAGUUUAGGAAAAAGAAAAAAGUCGGCUGGAGCCAUAUCUGGUGAAUAUGGUGGUUGCUCGAUGGUAUUUGUUGAGUGUUUGGUUAAAAAUUCGUUCACAAUGAUGGCCUUGUGCGAAGGUGCAUUAUCAUGGUGCAAAAUCCAAGAAUUUUCUUUCCACAAAUCUGGCCUUUUUCGUCGGAUUUGCUCUCUUAAACGCCGCAUAACACUCAAAUAAUAUUCCUUAUUUACCGUUUGACCUUCCGGCAAGAAUUCCGAGUGCACAACACCGCGAUAGUCAAAGAAAACAGUCAACAUGACUUUGACUUUUGAACGACUUUGGCGUGGUUUUUUCGGUUUCGGUUCAGUUGGAAGGCGCCACUCCGAAGCUUGUUGACUAGUUUGCAUGUCAAACUCGUAAACCCACGUCUCGUCACCAGUAACAAUGCGUUUCAUGAAUGUUGGGUCGGAAUUGACUCGUUCUAGCAUGUCCUCAGCGACUCUCAUGCGAUUGAGUUUUUGAAAAAAAUUCAGGUCUUUUGGGACUAGCCGAGCGGCAACAUGUUUCAUACCCAAAUUAUUAGUUAAAAUGGUACGGAUCGACUCGUGAGAUACAGAAAGUUCGGUGGCUAUCUCUCUCAAAGUUGAAUGAGGAUUUUCAGUCACUAUUUCCUUCACUUUUGCGAUGUUAACUUCAGUUGCAGACGUUGAUGGCCUACCAGAGCGAGGCAAAUCUUCCAUCACAUCUCGACCGCUUUUGAACGCUUUGUACCACUCAUAAGCACGAGUUUUUGAUAAAGUCGAUUCACCGUAAGCCUUCUGUAACAUUUUCAGUGACUCCGAACACGAUAUUCCAUUGGCAAUGCAAAAUUUAAGACAAACUCUUUGUUCGAUGUUUUUAUCCAUUAUGAAAUUAGCAAUACACACUAGAUAUGAUAUAACUAAAAAUAGCACUGUAUUUAAUGUAAACAACAGAUGCAACUCAAACUCCGCGCCAAAAUGGAAAACAGUUGUGCCAAUCUAACAACAACAAAAAAAACAAAAAUUUGAAUUUGGAACCAUAAAUAAAUAAUCCAUUCCCGAUACUUUUCUGACUGAAUGUACAUCACAAAACAAAGAUAAUUGUAAUAAUUUGAUUUAAUUAAUUUAACGAUGUACCUUAUAAUUGUGCUGUUAUUAUGCUUUAUAUAAAGUUUUUGUUAAUUAAA